GUCUCUCCUUGGCAGGCAGCAAGACUUCAAAGAAAGAGUGAGAUCCCUGUUCACAGCUUUGCAUCGCCCGGAAAGGGACUUCUGUCAGGAGAAAAGCCAGUCACCCAGGAAGCGGCUCAGCGGCAGCUGCUUCAUGAAGAGCUAAAGCUGGUCCUUCAGCAGAAGGAAGAGAGGAAAGAGGAGCCCGAGCCCCAGGUGACUCUCUGCAGAGCUAUGGAGGCCAGGAGCCGCAGCGCUGAGGAACUGAGACGAGCGGAGUUGGUGGAGAUUAUCGUGGAGACCGAGGCGCAAACCGGGGUCAGCGGCUUCAACGUGGCGGGAGGCGGCAAAGAAGGGAUCUUCGUCCGCGAGCUGCGCGAGGACUCACCAGCGGCCAGGAGCCUCAGCUUGCAGGAAGGGGACCAGCUAUUGAGUGCGCGCGUGUUCUUUGACAACUUCAAAUAUGAGGACGCACUUCGCCUUCUGCAAUGCGCCGAGCCCUACAAAGUCUCCUUCUGCCUGAAGCGCACUGUGCCCACCGGGGACCUGGCGCUGCGGCCCGGGACGGUGUCUGGCUACGAGAUGAAGGGCCCGCGGGCCAAAGUGGCCAAGCUGAACAUCCAGAGUCUGUCCCCCGUGAAGAAGAAGAAGAUGGUAGCAGGGACCCUGGGGACCCCCGCAGAUCUGGGCCCUGUUGACGUCGAGUUCUCUUUUCCCAAGUUCUCCCGACUGCGUCGGGGUCUCAAAGCCGAGGCUGCCAAGGGGCCUGUCCCGGCUGCCUCUUCCCGUCGGCGUCUGCAGCUGCCUCGGCUACGUGUCCGAGAAGUGGCCGAAGAGGCCCAGGUUGCCCGAAUGGCUGCUGCCGCUCCUCCCCCAAGGAAGGCCAAGGCCGAGGCUGAGGCGACCACAGGAGCUGGCUUCACAGCCCCUCAGAUAGAGCUAGUUGGGCCUCGGCUGCCAAGCGCUGAGGUGGGUGUCCCUCAGGCCCUUCACCUGCCGUCCCUUGGGCUAGGGGCCCCAGCCGCCCCAGCUGUGGAGCCCCCAGCCGUAGGAAUCCAGAUUCCACAGGUAGAGCUCCCCACCUUGCCUUCUCUACCUACUCUUCCCACAAUCCCAUGCCUCGACACCCAGGAAGGGGCUGUAGUGGUGAAAGUCCCCACGCUGGAUGUGGUAGCACCUUCCAUGGGGGUGGACUUGGCUUUGCCAGGUGCCGAGGUAGAGAAGGCUCAGGGAGAGGUACCCGAGGUAGCCCUGAAGAUGCCCCGCCUCAGUUUCCCUCGCUUUGGGGUAAGAGGGAAGGCAGCGACUGAAGCCAAAGUGGUCAAGGGCAGCCCUGAAACCAAAGCAAAGGGUCCCAGACUUCGAAUGCCCACCUUUGGGCUUUCUCUCCUGGAACCCCGGCCCUCUGGCCCUGAAGCUGUCGCUGAGGGCAAGCUGAAGCUACCAACACUCAAGAUGCCCUCUUUUGGCAUUGGUGUGGCCGGGCCUGAGGUCAAGGCACCCAAAGGGCCCGAAGUGAAGCUCCCUAAGAUGCCUGAUGUCAAACUUCCGAAAGUGCCCGAGGCAGCCAUCCCAGAUGUGCAACUCCCUGAGGUACAGCUGCCCAAAAUGUCAGAGAUGAAACUCCCCAAGAUACCUGAGAUGGCCGUACCCGACGUUCGCCUUCCGGAAGUACAGCUGCCCAAAGUCCCUGAGGUGAAAGUUCCAGAGAUGAAGCUCCCUAAGAUGCCCGAGAUGGCCGUGCCUGAUGUCCACCUUCCUGAGGUACAGCUCCCGAAAGUUCCAGAGAUGAAACUCCCUAAGAUGCCCGAGAUGGCCGUGCCUGACGUUCGACUCCCGGAAGUUCAGCUACCCAAAGUUUCUGAGAUGAAGCUCCCUAAGAUGCCUGAAAUGGCCGUGCCUGACGUUCGACUCCCGGAAGUUCAGCUACCCAAAGUGUCUGAGAUGAAGCUCCCUAAGAUGCCCGAAAUGGCCGUGCCUGACGUUCGACUCCCGGAAGUUCAGCUACCCAAAGUGUCUGAGAUGAAGCUCCCUAAGAUGCCCGAAAUGGCCGUGCCUGAUGUUCGACUCCCGGAAGUUCAGCUACCCAAAGUGUCUGAGAUGAAGCUCCCUAAGAUGCCCGAGAUGACCCUGCCUGACGUUCGACUCCCGGAAGUUCAGUUGCCCAAAGUGCCUGACAUGAAACUUCCUGAAAUGAAGCUCCCAGAAAUAAAACUCCCCAAAGUGCCCGAGAUGGCCGUGCCUGAUGUCCACCUCCCAGAGGUGCAGCUGCCCAAAGUGUCAGACAUCCGGCUGCCUGAAAUGCAAGUGCCCCAGGUCCCAGAAGUGUGUCUUCCCAAGGUGCCAGAGGUGAGGUUGUCCAAGGCCCCUGAGGUGCAGAGAAAAUCUGCAGGAGUGGAGCAAGCAGAAGGCACCGAAUUUAGUUUCAAGUUGCCCAAGGUGACCAUGCCCAAGUUGGGGAAGGUAGGCAAGCCUGGUGAGGCAGGUAUUGAGGUUCCAGACAAACUCAUGACACUUCCUUGUCUGCAGCCAGAAGUGGGCACUGAGGCAGCCCGUGUCGGUGGCCCUGUGCUCUCUCUACCCUCUGUUGAACUUGACUUGCCUGGGGCCCUGGGCCUGGAGGGACAAAUCCAAGAAACCCUCUCGGGCAAAGUGGAGACACCGGAGGGCCCCAGGGUGGCAGCGGGUGCCGGAGAGGUGGGCUUUCGGAUGCCUUCUGUGGAGAUUGUCACACCACAGCUGCCCACAGCUGAAGUUGAGGAAGAGCAGCUAGAGUUGGUGGAGGUGAAAGGCAAACCCACUUCCAAGUUCUCUCUGCCCAAAUUUGGACUUCCGGGGUCCAAAGUGGUCAAGGCGGAGGCGGAGGGGCCUGGGCGAGCCCCCAAGCUGAAGGUAGCCAAGUUUGGUAUCUCACUUCCCAAAGCUCGCGUGGGAAGUGAUGCUGAAGGGAAGGGAGCUGGGGAAGUGGGGCUGCUGCCUGCCCUUGAUCUGUCCAUCCCACAGCUUAGCCUGGAUGCUCACCUGCCCUCAGGCAAGGUGGAGGGAGCAGGAGCUGAGAGCAAGCCCAAGGGGUCCAAGUUUGCUCUGCCCAAGUUUGGGGUAAAAGGCCGGGACUCUGAAGCUGACGAACUAGUGGCGGGAGAGGCUGGGCUCGAGGGGAAAGGACGGGGCUGGGAUGGGAAGGUGAAGAUGCCCAGGCUGAAGAUGCCAUCUUUUGGGCUGUCCCGAGGGAAGGAAGCGGGAAGUCAGAAUGGACGUGUCAGCCCUGUGGAAAAGCUGGAGGCCAUAGCCGGGCAGCUUAAGAUCCCCGAGGUGGAAUUGGUCACACCUGGAGCUCAGGAUACAGGGGAGGUCACCAGUGGUGUGAAACCAUCAGGCCUGCAGGUGUCCACCACGAGGCAGGUGGUUGCGGAGGGCCAGGAGGGAGUGCUGAGGGUGCCCACACUAGGUGUCUCUCUGCCCCAGGUGGAACUGGCCAGCUUUGGAGAGGCAGGCACUGAGAUCACAGCCCCCUCCGCAGAGGGCACAGCAGGCUCUAGGGUCCAGGUGCCCCAGGUGAUGCUGCAGUUGCCUGGAACCCAGGUGGCAGGUGGUGAUCUGUUAGUGGGCGAGGGCGUCUUCAAGAUGCCCACAGUGACAGUGCCCCAGCUAGAGCUGGAUGUGGGGCUGAGCCACGAAGCCCAGGCUGGUGAAGCAGCCAAGAGCGAGGGUGGGUUAAAGCUGAAGUUGCCCGUGCUGGGCGCGGGAGGCAAAGGAGAGGAUGCUGAGCACCAGGGCGCCGAGGCCCAGCGCGCCUUCCGCCUCUCAUUGCCUGACGUGGAACUCGCUUCCCCAGUGAGCAGCCACGCGGAGUACCAAGUGGUCGAGGGUGAAGGGGAUGGAGGACACAAGCUCAAGGUUCGGCUGCCCCUGUUUGGUCUGGUGAGGGCUAAGGAAGGAACAGAUGUCGGAGAAAAGGCCAAGAGCCCGAAGCUCAGGCUGCCCAAAGUGGGCUUCAGUCAAAGCGAGUCAGUGUCCGGAGAAGGCUCUCCAAGCCCAGAGGAGGAGGAAGGCGGCAGUGGGGAAGGGGUUUCAGGUCGCCGGGGUCGGGUGAGGGUCCGUUUGCCUCGGGUAGGCUUGGCUUCCCCGACUAAAGUCUCUAAGGGACAGGAGGGCGAAGCAACCUCCAAGUCCCCAGUUGGGGAGAAGUCACCCAAAUUCCGUUUUCCCAGGGUGUCUCUAAGCCCCAAAGCCCGGAGUGGGAGCAGGGACCGAGAAGAAGGAGGAUUCAGGGUCCGACUGCCCAAUGUGGGGUUUUCAGAGGCAGCAGCUCCAGGCUCCAACAGGAUUGAGGGGACCCAGGCUGCUGGCCUCUGAAGCCCCAAGACAGCUGUGGAUCCCCGCUUGCCCCACCC